AUGUCACUUUUAAUUGGAAUUGCGUUCGCAUGUAACGAUCUACUUCUGGAAUUUCUUCUCUCACCUAUUGUGGAACAUCGCAACUGCGCAGCAAUUGGUUGUUUCGUCAGUGAUAGUUUCCGCUUCUAUUGGGGAACAAGCAAUAUGAUUUUGGGUUUAUUCGUUAUUGUACUGACGUUCAUGGUGCUGUUCAAACUGCGCUCUAUCCAGAAUAACUCAAGAAAAAUGGGUCCCGGUCUGGGUAACGAUAAGAGCAAGUUCAACCAGGCCACCCGCAUCUCUCUGGUGAUCCUUCUCACAUCACUCAGCUUCGUUACACUCCCGAGCGUUGCAGUUGGAUUCUUUGAAAUGGUUGGCUUCUCCAUUUUCAAAAUUGUCGGUCCAUUUUACAUAACAGGACUUCUAUGUGCAGGAGUCUGCAACAGCAUAGUUUGUGUAGCAUUAAAUCGCGAAAUCCGAAGUCUAGCCAAGGGUUGCCUUGUGGGAAAAGGAGUUUCUCUGGGCUUACCGUCGACACGAAUCGAAGUUGGGCGACGACCUCUGGUGAAAGCUAAGCUCGCCGUGGCAUGGCUGCUUAGUUUGGGGAAAAGUCUUCUUGCCACUCCAGCAUAUUCACUGCCUCAGUACCCUGCACACUGGGCCCUGCCGUCUCAGACGUCGGACGGUAUGGCGACCGGUGAGAGGCGAUCAAGUCUCAGACUGUGUACUUACAACGCGAGAACAGUUUCCACAGACGCUGACCUGCAUGCCCUUUUCGGAGCUGCAGAGCGUAUCAAAUUUCACGUGAUUGCUCUGCAGGAGACCAAGUGCAGAAGGAGCGACGUACAACAGGUGAAUGACGGUACACUCGUCAUUCGUGGAGAGAAGGUUCCGUCGCGAAAUGUAGGCGGUGUUGGUUUUGUUGUGCACCCAUCUGUCGUCCAUCUUGUCUAUUCUCACGAGAUCCUGUCACCUCGUCUGGCCAUUCUUCUAGGGAAGACCACAGAAGAGGAAUACAGGAUUGGAAGAUUCGGACUAGGAGACCGGAAUGAAAAUGACAAUCGUAUCGCCGGGCUGCUGUCCGCCGCUUGCCUCUUUCAUGGGAACUCUCUUUUCAUGAAAAAAAAUUAUCGUCGAUGGACAUGGGAAUCGCCCAAUGGCGCGACUCGUGCAGAGAUCUACCACAUACUCACCAACCGAAGGUGGUGUCUACUUGACGUCUCAGUAGUACCAUCCUUUUGUAGUGGUUCUGAUCACCGUCUCCUUCGUGCGAAAAUACGACUUAGCCACACGAUGGAAAAAAACAUCUGCUAUCGGCAACGAAGGACAAAAGUAGUCGUCUACGACUACUUGCGUACUCGAGGACUCCUCAUCCCAAGGUGA